AAUAUGGCGCUGGGAACUAGCCCAUAUUGCCCGCUCUUUACAAAAUUGGAAAAAAACAUUUCUUAAACUCUUAAGAAAGACAUGAGUGAUAUGAACUCUUAACCUCUCGCACAUACGUUGUAUAACAAUAACCACCUCAAUAACUAUGAACUCUACCGCGAGAUCAGUAGUGCAUCGUCGUGGCGCCAUCUAAGAAGUAACACGCGCGCGCUCGAGGAAUCCAGCGUACUGUUUGCUCACCCUUGUGCCCCGUCCGAGCUCUUAGUACGGGUCAGUAUGGGUUGGACUCGCUUGGACUGUGAGGUCCGGAGGCUGCAUUAGGUUGCUGCGGUGUUCGUCCUUGCACCGCGGAUUUCACGUAAAAUAAAAAAACAGAUUUACCAAUUUACAAAGCGAUCACGACGUGUUCGCACGUGGCGCGUGUUUGAACGUGCUUCUGGUGCAAAUGCGACGCGAGUGUCGCGAGUGCGAGCGUGUUAUCGACCGAAGAUUUUUCUAUCCUUUGAUCGUAAACACGGCGUCUCCCCGCGACUCUCGACGUCGAUCGCACACCGUUUACCGACCGAGCGAUCCAUCAGUGCAGAGAAUUUUUGAAAAUUGGUAUAAUUGUCAUCACUACGUUUCGCCAGAUCGAAGGUGCACGCACGUGGAUGACGAUGCGACCGGACGAGUCGCGAUAAAUCGCACGAUCGAGUAACUCGAGCAUUCGAGGUGUCGUCCGGCGUGGUCGCUCUUUUCCUCGCGCUCCUCGUUCGUUCCUUCUACUCUUCUCCCACCCUUCCUCCCCCUCCGCCUUCUCCCUCUCCUCCUCUUUCUCUUCUCGCCGCUGAGGCUUUUCUCGGUCGACCGGUCGACCGGUCGACUGGCUUCUCAAGGGGGCGUGCUUGCUUACGUUCGACAAUGAGCGAACGCGAAACUAUCUAAGCACGAGGCGCAAACGAAUCGUUCUCGCGUGUGGCCCGGCUGGCCACUUAAUCGCGAGCGAUCGCGACGCGUAACCACCAAGUAAAUCCGCCGAUCUUCCGUCUUCUCGACGGCUCGAGGAACAGGAAUCUGCCGAGGAGAACCACUGGAGACGAGGUUCGUGGCUCGCGUGUCGUUGGUUGGCUCAUCUCGUCUACGAGAAAAACAGAAUCCGAUGGAACAGCAAGCAAAAGGCCGCGCGGUUUAAUUAAUCAAAGUUCCUCGAACGAUGUGCCAUGGCUUCAUCUUUAGGGGGGCCGGGAAUGACAUCGGGCGUCCCGUCGCCACGAAUCGUCAACCUGGAAUUUCCCCCACCUCCGCCUUAUCCACCGCCUCACAAUCAGAUAACACGCACUGCGUUAAUGGAACCGGUAUCACCUAUCAGUUCUUCUCGCCAACAUCUUCUCGUGGAUUAUUCGUAUGCAUAUUACCAGCCUGAUUCGGGCCAUUACCAUGCCACGUAUCCAACGGAGGUCCUCUCGCAGCAGCAGCAGCAGCAACAACAACAGCAGCAGCAGCAACUACAGCGACAAUCGCAGCAACCAAUGUUGCAGCCGAUAAAGUCCGAACCUUUGAAAAGACACACUUAUACAACCUGCUAUGGCACAGAAGAGAACAUUUACGAGGAAAUAUCAGAGAUCAGCAGGCAAUGUCACCACGCGUUGCAUGGAUCGCGAAGAUCGCUCGUCGCGGAAGAGGUGCGUCGCGUGCAAUCGCGCCAUCGUCGUGUGCUCGGAGAGCUUAAUUUGAGCGUAGAGGCGAUGUUGAUGCCAACCGCGGCCGACAAUAACGAGGAACAAGUGGCACAGGAGACUGGCCAUGGAACCUCUGCCGAAGAACUGCAAUCUUCGGGCAGUCCGGCUGAUGAUCUUCUUUCUCGUGUUGGAUGCGACAUGGACAGCGGCUUCAGUGGAAGCUCUAGCGCGAGUUACAGAUCAGGCUUAGGAUCUUUAAGAAGAGCAAUAGGGAGGACGAGUGGUGUGGAAGCAACUGUUCAACGUAAAACGAAAGCCGCUAUGAUCUGGAAGAAAGGUUGGAAAGGCUGGAAGAAGCUUCAUUCUUUCGGGAACAGCAACAGCAAUAACAAGAUCAUCGAUGAACCUCGUUCAAGAUGCAGAUCAUGGGAUGACGUAGGACCGAACAAGAUGGAAACGAUCAGCGGACACUCGCACACGCAUCAUCAUUCCUCUUUAGACAACACAAGCAGGUCCAACACGUCCACGCAGUCCGCUAGAAGCGAGGACUCCUGGUGCUCGGCGUCGGAUCACGAUCUCUCUUCGGACGACGAAAGCGAGAAGAGUAAUAUCAGUAUUAAAAGCAAUUGUCAGUUGAGAAACACGUUGCACAAAGCGCGUACGCUGUGCGACAGGUGGCGAUUUCAGAACAUGCCGGUGAACAACGUAGAUCUCUUGGAGUCCCCGGGAAAUCACGGACGUCUCUCGAGAUGGUUCAGUAUCCGCAGGGGCUCGUCGCAUCACUACGACGUAGAUUCCUCGGAUACGGUGUCUUUAACCAGCCCUGUCAAAACUUCGCAAAUGCCACAGCUUUGCGAGGUCGACGAGGAAAAUAGCGCGAUGGUACAAUUUCAAUGUAUGCAACAACGAAGACAAGCCCCACCCACGCUUCCAUCGCCACCACCGAACUUAUCUCCUCAGCAGCUGAAACGUAGACACAUUGUAGCCGCGAUAGUGCACUCUGAAAAUAGUUAUGUAUCCACUCUGCAGAGACUGGUAAAUGAUUACAAAAAACCGCUGGAGGAAUCUUCGCCGCCUAUAUUGAGUCAAUCCAAAAUAGCGACGUUGUUUCACAGAUUACCUGAGAUUUUACAGUGCCACACGUUGUUCAGAAUUGCUCUGGCCGAGUGCGUACGGUCUUGGGACAAGGAUGAGAAGUUGGGAGACGUAUUUGUUGCAAGCUUCAGCAAAGCAAUAGUUCUUGAUAUUUAUAGCGGUUUUAUUAACAACUUUUCCGUGGCAAUGGAUUUAGCUAAGCAGGAAUCGAAAAGGAAAACCGCACUUGCUGAUUUCUUCAAGGUAAAGCAAAUAAGUGCUCACGACAGGUUAUCUUUCUUUGGAUUAAUGGUUAAACCUGUACAAAGGUUUCCGCAAUUUAUUUUGUUUUUGCAAGAUUUAUUGAAGCACACGCCACAAGGCCACCAUGAUAGAAUGUCCUUGCAACUGGCGUUAACGCAGCUCGAGAGUUUAGCAGAAAUGUUAAACGAGAGAAAACGGGAAGCAGAACAGUUUCAAGCGUUCAAAGAGAUGUUGCGACACGUUUCCGGAAAGUUAUCGCAUCGUCCGCUUUCGUCGACGUCACGUUAUCUCAUUAGGGAGGAUAACGUCACACAAAUGGAAUUUAAUCAAAAUGGCAUGAUAACAAAGUCCAAGAGAAGAAGAUUAUUGCUGCUGAACGAUUUAGUCGUGUGCGUUUCCGUCACUCCGAGAUCCACGGAAGAUUUUUCAGGAAAUGAACGAUUAACAUUAAAGUGGACGUAUCCGGUAUCGGAUAUCGAGAUUCAAGAUACCAGCACCUCUCCGACUUUAAGUCGGUUGCUCACUGCUGGGUUGAAUAAGGGUGGCAGUUUGAAAUCUGAUAAAAGCGGAGACUGCGGACAAGCGACUGAUGCGGACAAUCUGUGCGUAGAGAUGAACGAUCUCAUGCACGAUUACGAGGUGAUGUCCAGGAUAAGCGAUUUAGUAGCUCAGUUGAAGGGUAGAUACGAGGAACUAACGCUCCAGACCACCAAGCAGAUUCUCCAAUCGAUACAAAUGUCGAUACAACAGAAAGAUGAGGACAUGGUAUGGGCCGAUAGCUGCUGUCUUCAACUGGUUACGAAGCAAGGUCAGAUGUAUACGUUUCAAACGGAAAGUCCAUUGGUGAAGAAGGAUUGGAUAACCGAGCUUAGAUUGGCGCAAUUGGCUUUGGAUCCCAAUAACUCUCCAUCGUGGGAAGUACCUGAACAGGAACAAAGACCGUCCACGAAGAUGCCGCUCUUCGUUAGUUCACAAGCCGUGUAUCACUCGCAACAUCAGACCGAAGUACGUUGCGGUUGUUAUUACUACAUUGAGAACUCGCGUCCUACGAAACGCCGUAGUAGGAAUCAAAAUUACUUGUGGAUAUGCACGGGAGAUGGUGUAUCUAGCCACGUGACGAUUUUUGGGCAGUCGACGACGGCCUCGACGACUUGUUUGAAACGUAUAACCACUUUCGACCUGGUCGAGACGAAGGUAACCGCUAUUGAAUUCGUAAAAGGGGUCUCCAGCGAUCUUACCACACUGGCGAGCGAUCUCGUGUGGAUGGGAACGGAUUCUCGGAAGAUCAUGAUCUACGCCGCGACGGAACCUGAGAAGGAAGAGGAGAUCGGCAGUUAUCCCGUUUCGGGGCCCAUAAUAGAGAUUAAAUAUCAUUGCGACAACGUGUUCGUGGCUCUAGGCACUGGGUUGCUACUUUUGUUCAAGCGACAAGUCGACGGCGCAUGGGCCCUUAAAGAUCCCUUCGCUAUAUCGCUGGGUAGCGAUCCCGUUUCGUGCUUAAUGCCGAUCAAUAUGUCGGUUUAUGCCGCCUGUGGCAAAAAGGUAUGGGUACUUAACGCCACAACAGGCGAUAUCCUCAAGAAUUUUAGUGCGCAACACGAGCACGUCGGAAACGUGAAACUCAUGGCGCAUUCCGGGGUCGGUCUUUGGGUCGCUCUGAAAAAUUCGAGUACGGUUUGCCUCUAUCACACGGAGACGUUCAAGCACUUGCAGGACAUUAAUAUAGCGUCGAAUGUGCUGAGAGUGACGAAAAUGAAUAAUUCGUCCAACUGGUGCGGUGGCACUAUCGCCGCCAAUAAUCAAACCGCGGUUACGGUCACGGCGCUUUUAGCGUGCAAAGGUCUUCUGUGGGUCGGUACUAAUGUAGGUAUUAGUUUGACCAUUCCGCUGCCGCGAUUGGAGGGGGUGCCCAUCAUUAGCGGUCGUGUAAAUAUUUCGUAUCACGCACACUUCGGUCCGAUCACUUUCCUGCUGGCAAUACAAAACACGAAAAAUACAAUGUACUCCACGAAGGACCAUCGCGUCAACGAUGACGAAAGUGUACAGCUAAGGGCGAGAGACUCCGAACAGAAAUCGCGAGAUAGAGCGAGUUUAGAUUCGUCGGUAUCUAGUAACAUCGUGAAACUCAAGCAACAGUUGACGGGAAGUCCGAUAAUGCUGAGACGAAAACGAAGCAAGGAAUACGAUUGUAGGGGCUCGAAAACACUUCCACGAGGAUUGGGCGCUGGCUGCGGCUUUUUGUCAAGUUCAAUGUCGAGCUCGCAAAGCUCCGGUGAGAACUGCGACGUUUACGGGCUUUACGGCGAAUUGAUGUACGUGAAAGAUUACGAAAAUGAGAACAAUUCCGGCAUAGACCCUAUUUACGAGACAUUGAGAAGGAGCGACCCAGAGUUAGCGGCCAUACCAAAUAAAGUGAGUACCUUGGACCGUAGAUUAAAGAUGAAAAUCACCAGGCCUAGGUCGCUGGACCUUUCCAACUGGUCAGUCGACUCUCACGCUAGCUCCCUGUACACGUCUUCCGGAUCGGAAGAGAAUUUAUCUUUAAAAACUGGAAAAUUGUCGCGUAACAGUAGUAUAGCUAGUCGUAACGGUCCCUAUGAUCUCUCUGCAACUAACAACAGUGUGAUACAAUCAGCAUUAGAAGCAACGUCCACGACCAAUCUUAAAGCGAACGGUAAGAAAAAUGGUAAAACGAUGCAGCAAAUAGAGCAGCCUAAGAAAACGGUAUUAACAUUGAUGGGCGGACGCGGUUAUGUCAAUUGGAGACAGCUCCACGCACAGUUCAGUAUUGACAAAAAUUCGAAAUCGACCUACGCGUUCAAAGAUCCCAACAGCAAUGACGCACAUAUCGUCUUAUGGGAGAUGAAGUUAUGAUGUUCGUUAUACAUUACUCAUUAGGUCUAUUGCUAUGCGUGAACACGUCAGUACGAAAGGCAAAACUUUGACGUCGAUGUAUAUUGUUGUAGUAGAGGCAGGUAGGAUUAAAUGAUUAUUGUUACUGAAAGGGAACUGAUAAUGCUUCAGAUGAAGUCGUCUAAAAUGAUAAUUGUGAAAGAACUGUUACACAAAUAAUCAUUGCAGCGAGUAUUUGUGUAUCUUUUCGAACGUGUAUGCGACUCUAUUAUUCUGGUAUCGAUUAUCUUUAAAGUUGGAAAAAUCGCGCAAAACUCAUGUGACUCAACUUUAUUGGACAUUAAAUGUUCUUCACAAUUACCAGAUUAUUUAAUGAAGACCAUUUAGGUAUAGUCUUCUAUACGUAUUUUUUUAAACGAACAAAACUUCUCAAAAAGAAUAACGCGUUAUUAAAGAACAGACUGAAAUGUAUAGAUUGUUGCAGCGCAUGACAAUAUCGAUGUAAAUUAAGUACUGGAUACUCUAGUGCGUCAAAAGUAAAUGUGUCCAUUUGGAUAUGGAAAUAUUUGAUAAUGUUUCGACGCAUAUUUGUACAACGCAUCGAGAUACGACGUAUUGUUCCUGAAUGCAAAUUAUUCGGAAUUUAUACUUGUUCAAGGUAUUUGAAUCUCGUUAGCACAUAUUAAAAUAUGUAAAAGACUCAAAAAGCGCAUAAAAGUGGAACUACCUUUAAAAGCUUCCUGAAACGUUUUGUAAUAAUGUUCAUCAUGUAUAUGCGAUUGACCGCUACAAAGAUAUUCUGCUUGUGUAGCGCGUGUGUUUUACUCCGUUAAAACUAACAGAUUCAAAAUCUUUGUUGUGUAAAAUUCAUAUGUUUAUAUAUAGAUGUGCAUUUGUAUAUGUGAGAUAUUCACAUGUAUUGCAGAUAUACUAUAUUUAUGUUAGAAAUUUUACCGUGUUGUUACGAACGAUUAUUAUAUUGUUUCAUAUACGCGUACGAUGCAUAUGAAUCUCAGUGAAUCAUCUGAAAAUGGAGACGUUAUUCGGGAAUAUAUUGUUCGGUUUUACACGCCACAUCGAUAAUAUACACGGUAUUGUUUGUUUUACAAUAAAUGCGCAUAAAUUUUUUUUAAUGAUUUUUCAACAGAUAAUUCAACAGAUAAUUUGAAAUUAUAACUACCAAUGCAUUUCAUUAUGGAUUUACGUGAAUUACAGUUAUCGAUGUGCUUUAUAUAAAAAAUUAUACUAUUUUGAUAUAUAUGUUAUAUUGUUUUGAUGUAUAUUUUGAUAUAUAUCUAAUAUAUGUUUACGAUAAAUUUCGCAAAUAAAUUUAGCAGGCGCGAUAUAAAACAAUAUAAUACAUCUAUAUUACGUGCAUUUGGAUCAAAAUUAGUUUCGUGAAGUUAUAUGCUGUUACAUUAAUCUUCAUUCAUUAGAGAAGCUAAGAAUAUUCAGGCAUUUAUUAAUAACAUUCUAGAUCUGAGAAGGUACCUAAAGUUUCAUUUUUUUAUAAAGUAUUGAAUAACCUGCCGAUAUUGACUGAAUGGUAUUUAACAAUUAAUGAAUUCUUUCUAUUUAAAUUGAAAAGCUUAUAAAUAUCCCUCAAAUUAAAUUAGAAAUAUUUUUUAUAACAACAACGUCGCGCGUAAUAAUGUAUUGUGCAAGAUAAUUAUAAAAAAAUCGUUGAAUUUUUAUUGAAAUUUUUUAGUGAAUCUGUUCAAGAUAAUAAAGUUUCUUUAUCAGCAAUACGAACUUGAUGGGAGGAUGAGGAUUGAGCAGAGGACAUAUAUAAAUAUAUAUAAACGUUAUAACACCUUAAUCAUUAAAAAUUGAUAUUGUGCCUAUUUGCCCAUGUGAUAAUUGAUAAAAUUUAUAGUUUCAGUUAUGCAAUACAAAAUAUAUAUAAUUCCGUAUAAGAUAAUUAAUGCCUUUGAUAUGAUCGAAUCUUCGAUGAAAGACACCGGUCUAUGUACAUAUAUUUCACAAAAAAAGCAGUAAUAGUGUAUGUAUUAUGAAAACUGUUGAAUGGAUUUAUAUUUUGUACACUAAUGUAUUUUGUUUAAAUACAUAGUCCUGUUUUGUAUUUAUGCCUUUACGAUAUACGCGUUAGUUAUACAACGAAACUUUACUAUGUAUUUAUUACUUGUAAUAUCACGUUGUAUCGUGGUUAUACAUAGAGAACUUUUGGUACUUUGCUACGCACACUAAAACGAGAGCAACGUUAUUAGUAUACUUUUUGUUCACUGUAAUAUUAUAUGGCUACAUUAAAAUUAUUUCAUGCGAAACAC